AUGAACAUCUUGACAGAAAUUUGUAAAGUGACAUCCCAAGAUCAAAUUCAUGGGAGAUAUCCUACAAGCCAAGGAAUUCACUGUGGCAAGAACAAAUUUAAAGCGUCUUUCAGUACUGAAAAAUUCAGACGGUACAGUUACGAGGAAAGUACUGUAGGAAAUUAUGACAGGUUUAUCAAGAGCAGCAGAAACCCCUUUCACCCUUACAAGAGGCAGAUCAGCGAAGAUGUCUUCCAGGAAGCACAUCAAGCCCUCCCACCAGAAGCUGCACCCUUCAGAAAUGCUAGAAGCAUCGAUGGAUUUGAGGGUCUACCAGGAUCUACAGGUCCUGAUGAGUCAGAGUCAUUUCCUACACACAUUCCAAACCUCUCCACAGAACAACCAUGGUGUAACAGCCUCCAAUACAGCACCACUGGUCAAGAUCACAGCUCACAAGUCAUGCAGGAUUCAGACAUCAAGCUUAGGACAUCCCCACUGGAAGGGCAGCCUGGUUUGUAUUGCUAUCAGCCUCAAGCGCAGCAGAUGUAUUGCCCCUCACAUCCUUUCCAUCAGUAUCCCUCGGGAGGCAGCUAUCCUGUGACUUAUAUUACUUCUUCACACUACCCUUACCAAAGAAUCGCUCCUCAAAGCAGUCAAGAAUCCCAGCAGCCUCUAUUUCCCAAACCCAUCUACUCCUACAGCAUCCUCAUCUUCAUGGCACUCAAAAACAGCAAGACAGGGAGCUUGCCAGUCAGUGAGAUUUACAAUUUCAUGACGGAACACUUUCCUUACUUUAAGACAGCUCCAGAUGGCUGGAAGAAUUCUGUACGCCACAACUUAUCUUUGAACAAAUGCUUUGAGAAAGUUGAAAACAAGUCAGGCAAUUCUUCUCGGAAAGGCUGCUUGUGGGCUCUGAAUCCAGCCAAAAUUGAUAAGAUGCAGGAGGAGCUUCAGAAAUGGAAGAGGAAAGACCCAGUUGCUGUAAGGAAGAGUAUGGCAAAGCCAGAAGAACUUGACACACUGAUAGGCGACAAAAGUGAAAAGCUGCGAUCCUCGAUGAUGUCCUGCAGUCCGACGGGCGUUGCAAAUGCAUCCCUGUCCAGGCAGAUGGCAGUCCAGCCCCACUCCCUGUGCGAGCCCUCCCUUUCCUCCGGUGUACCACAGCCAUUGCACAGCAUCCACGCUGCGGGAGCUCUACAUGUCAAGAACCCGGUACCGAAUUUGCUCGGGGGGCAGCAAACCGCGUGCUACACAUCACCACAGGGGUUUCCUCCGAUCUCAACUACAUUAAUGCAACAGUCACCCGACCCUCAGACCCUGUUCCCUUCUGGGGAGGCUCAGAGUGAACUCCGAACUCAGCCCAGCAUCACUCAGGAUUCGCCGCUGCCGGCUCAGACCCCCCCCAGCUGCGGCGUGAAGAUGCUGACGGAGCACUCCACAGCCAGGACAAUGCAGGACACGCUCAUGCAGGAGGGGGAUCUCAGCAACGACAUCGACGCUCUGAAUCCGUCCCUGACCGAUUUUGAUCUCCAAGGAAAUCUUUGGGAGGAGCUGAAAGAUGACAGCCUAGCUGUGGAUCCCCUGGUUCUCAUAUCAUCAUCCCCAACGUCUUCCCAGUGUUUCCCUUCUCACUGCCAGAUGGAGAACAGCAGCAACAGCAACGUCAACAUCCAAAACGGAACACCACACAGCAACCUACCCGACCUACAGCUCACUACGCUUUACUCUGCCUUUAUGGAAGUGGAUACAGUGUCUCCUGCCUACCUAAGUAAUUCUGGAUCCAAACCUAUAGCACUAAUGUGA